CGCGAAGGAGACGUGUACGUGAAGAGCUGCCAUCGGAGGAAAUAUUCCGUUUUCGUUUACAGGAAGCCUCCGUAUCUGGCUCGAACGACAAGAUGGAUGAAAUGGAAGAGGAGUUAAAAUGCCCGGUGUGCGGCUCGUUUUUCCGCGAGCCGAUCAUCCUGCCGUGCUCGCAUAGUAUCUGCCUGGCCUGCGCGAGAAACAUCCUGGUGCAGACGCCCGACGCCGAAUCCCCGCAGAGCAGCCGCGCGUCAGGCUCCGGCGUCUCCGAUUAUGAUUACUUAGACCUGGAUAAGAUGAGUCUGUACAGCGAGGCGGACAGCGGAUACGGCUCUUACGGCGGGUUCGUGAGCGCACCGACCACCCCGUGCCAGAAGUCCCCCAACGGGGUGCGCGUUUUCCCCCCUGCCGUUCCUCCUCCGCCCCAGGCGCAACACCACCUGCUGCCUCACACCGGCGUCCUGCCGCCGGUCCCGCGGAACUCCUGCCUCACCUGCCCGCAGUGCCACCGCAGCCUGACGCUGGACGACCGGGGGCUCCGGGGCUUCCCCAAGAACCGUGUGCUGGAGGGGGUUGUGGACCGGUACCAGCAGAGUAAAGCGGCCGCGCUCAAGUGUCAGCUGUGCGAGAAGAGCCCCCGUGAGGCGACGGUCAUGUGCGAACAGUGCGACGUGUUCUACUGCGAUCCGUGCCGCCUGCGAUGCCAUCCGCCCCGGGGUCCGCUGGCCAAACACCGACUCGUGCCUCCAGCGCAAGGCAGAAUCAGCCGCCGCACGAGCCCCCGAAAGAUCUCCACCUGCACCGAGCACGAGCUGGAGAACUUGAGUAUGUACUGCGUCCAGUGUAAGACCCCCGUGUGCUACCAGUGUCUGGAGGACGGCAAACACGCCACUCAUGAGGUCAAAGCGCUGGGGGCCAUGUGGAAGCUUCACAAGGGACAGCUCUCUCAAGUACUGAAUGUUCUGUCUGAUCGGGCCACAGAGGCCAAAGAGUUCCUGGUGCAGCUCAGAAAUAUGGUACAACACAUACAGGAGAAUGGGGUUGAAUUCGAGGCAUGUUUGGUCGCCCAGUGUGAUGCUCUGAUUGAAGCUCUCAACCGCAGGAAAGCUCAGCUUCUCAGCAGAGUAACCAAAGAACAUGAACACAAACUCUCAGUGGUUCGUGAUCAGAUAUCCCACUGCACGGUGAAGUUGAGGCAGACCACAGGACUAAUGGAAUACUGUCUGGAAGUUAUCAAAGAAAACGACCCCAGUGGCUUCCUGCAGGAAGUGUACGUUGGUGCAGAGAUGAUCUGCACUGUGGACGGUCUGCACUUCAACAGCGCUUAUCAAUCUCGUGUUAAAGCGUUUAACUCCAGUGGAGUCGGCCAGUACAGCAAAACGCUUGUCAUGCAGACAUCAGAGAUGAGUCUGCUUUCAUAUGGUAGUAAAACUCUGGCAGCAGUUGCCUGGUUCACCUUUGACCCUGCAUCAGCCCACCCUGACAUCAUCUUGUCCAACGACAACCUCACGGUGACGUGUAACAGUUACGACGACCGUGUCGUAAUGGGCAACACAGGGUUCUCUCGUGGCGUGCACUACUGGGAGAUGACCAUCGAUCGCUAUGACAACCACCCUGACCCUGCGUUUGGAAUUGCCCGGGCUGAUGUCAUAAAGGACGUGAUGCUGGGGAAGGAUGAUAAAGCCUGGGCCAUGUAUGUGGAUAACAACCGCUCCUGGUUCAUGCAUAACAACUCACACACCAACCGUACGGAUGGAGGAAUACGUAAAGGAGCGACUGUGGGUGUGCUGCUGGAUUUCUCUCGUGGGAUUCUGUUAUUUUUGAUAAAUGAUGAGCAACAGGGACCCGUUGCCUUCAACACACUGGAGGGCAUGUACUACCCGGCCAUCAGCCUCAACCGCAACGUUCAGGUGACUCUUCAUUCUGGGCUGCCUAUUCCUGAUUUUUAUACACCUGGAGAAUGUGAAGCUGCAGGCUCAGUCUGCUGAAGAGUCAUUACACACUUAUAUACAUACUGUAUGUACACACAUGCACAGACAAGUGCACAUGGAUUCAGCUGUGAGUACUUGGUGGGGGAAUUGCUGCUGACAGUCAUUAAUACGUUUUAACAAGGUCUGAGAGUUGUAAUGGACCUGAUAUAUGUGAGGGUUAGGGUUAACUCAACCCUAACUUAACCCUAACCUUAACUCUGACCCUGAUGUAUGUGAGGUAAAUUGAUAUUGAAAUUCUUGAAUCAUUUUCUUCUCUCUUUCUUACACUUUUUCUAGAUAUGAUUAUUAUUAUUGAUGUUGUCAUUGUUGUUUUUAUGGAAAAGGUGCUCAUGGAUGUGAACUCCUAGAUUACUAGAUAUUAGCAGAUCUCUGUCUGUUGUUUCAUGAUAAAAAUCCUCUGUGUGAAGUUAAGCUUAGACAUAAGUUACUGACGUGUUAGACCUUAGAGGAUGCAUUUUACAUUACAUAGAAAUGUUCUGUUGCAUAUACAGGUGAUUUUAACUGCAGAUGGGGACAGAAACUAGAGCAAAAUAUCUAAUAUUACAACCUCUUCAUGCAUAUUAUGCCUUAGCUAAUGUUAUACAUCCUAAACCCUAUACCCUGACACUCAAACCCUGACCCAAACCCGAUAUUUCCAUCCUUCCGCAUUCACAGUGGAUGAGCGAACAUACAAUUGGGACAUAUUAGACAAUGCCAGAAUGAGCUGAAUGUGUGUCAGUGAGGAGGUAAUGGCUUUCUGUUUGUUGAACAGAAUAGAAAACACUAAUUGGGACAAAUACAUGCACACAUACACAUACACAGGCAUUUUCAUAGCCUUGCGUAACGUAUUAUGGAGAGAUGAGAAUGAAUAAAGUUUUUGUUUCUCUCUCUCUCUGUUUUAUUUCUCCUUUGCUGCCUCAAAUCCGCACAAGCUAAACGCAAAUGCUAAACAAAUAACUGGUGCUGCUUAUGUUCAAUGUGAGAAAAUAUUGCAAUAUUAAAGAGUAGAGCUGCAAAUCCAAAAGAGAGACAACUUUAAACAAGACAGCAUACAUUGUAGCUGCUUGAAGCAUUGGCUAUUAGUUUACUGUAAAGGAUGUACUUUUGCAUUAAGAAAAAUAUUUAAAAUCCCACUGGUGGGGUUAAAAUAUGGGGCAAGUGCUGUACUUUAUCUGUUUGUUGAGCAGAUGGUUUUGCUCAACAAACAAUUGAAUGUUUGGGUGCAGUGAGGGAAAAUU